UAGGGCUGAAGAAAAUGGGACGACUCUGAGCGUGAGAGAGAGGAGAGAGUGAGGGAACGAGAGAGAGAGAAGGAAGAGGAGGGCGGAUGUGCUUCGUGGGAUCGCUAAACGAUACAGCUGGGGCUUCAGAGCAGGAGAAAUUACCGUUGAUCCUUGCUGCUUCGGAUUUCGGUCGUUUGCCUUCGAAGACCUGCAUCUCCUCCUCCCCCUCCUCUUCCUCUUCCUCUGUUCUCUCUUCCUUUUCUGCUAUCUUGGCUAAUUCAAUUUUAGCCGAGGGAGAGGAAAACUAAAAGGGGCGACAACCUUUUUUAGGUCCUGAGUCCUCCUUCCGUUGGUUUUUAGCAGCCCUGAUUCUCUCAGGGUCUGUUGAAAUCAUCGGUCGGCUGCAGUGUCGUUCUUUUUAGGCCGUAGAUUUAAAAUUGUCUAGCGUCUUAGUUGGUCAGGUUAGACGUCUGAAUUUCCCGUUCUUAGGUUGAAUUCUUCGUGGAUUCUGCAAUUUCGGUUUCUAAUUUUGUUUGAAGUUUCUUUGUGAGGUCUUGUUCUUUAGUUAAAUUCCGUGUUUUUUAGGUUGAGUUCCUCUGUUCGAGGAUUCAAGGCAGGUCUUAUUUCUGUUAUGUGUGUCAUAGGGUAAUUACGCGUUCGUCUUUGGGUUAUUAGAGCGUCCUUUUUGGGGUUUGUUGGGUGGCAAUUCAUGCAUUGACUCCGGCCUAUGUUUCUUUGGGGGCGUCAUUUCUUCUUUCUAGCGUUUUAAGCGGGGACAUCUUUUGCAUCGCCCUUUUCUUUUACGUGGCUUUUGCGGUUCACUGUUCCGUUUUAGGACUUCAGAUUUUCGUGUUCUUUUGCGUUAUACUUGGUGUAAGUUCAUGCUUUGGCGUGCUUUUGUCCUGGGGGCUCCCGAUGUGUACCUUGCAGGCAUCUUUUGUAGUGAGUUCAUGUUUUGAUUUCGUCCAGGGUAUCUGAGGUCGGCUCUUUGUUCCAUGGAAUUUCAAAGGCAUGGCUUUUCGAGAUUUUAUCGUGUUCAAAUUCGUGCAUAAUUUCAUGGGGCUUACAGCUGUAUCUUUUUUUAGGUAGGUUAGGUUUUUAAGCGGGUAAUGCAUUUGAAUUUUGUUUGGAGUGUGUUUUCGUGGUUUUCGGUUCUUCGAAAACAUCUUUUUGUGCUUCUUUUGGCUCUGAGCUCUGAGCUCUGUGUUAAGCAUGAAGGGAAGGAAGCACUGUAAAGUGCUUUCGAGGAGGGGGAUGGCGAAUGGGGUAAGCUGUACAAAUUUGAGGAAGAAACCCGCCGGGAACGUUCCGGUAAAGUGCAGGUCCUUGCUCCUGAAUCAUCUGAACUUUAAGAACAGUGGCGUUCCUUCUAGGAUUAUGUUCUUUGAUCAUGGCUCGUGGACAGACUUUCCAGCCGAAGCUGCUGGCGCACUUGUUAAUGGAUUUGUGGAUGGGAGACCAACUAUGGAGAUUAGGAUCGAUGGGUCUAUGUAUCUAGUGGAUUUUCUUAGGAUGCUGCAGAUUGAUUUGGGAUCAGGCUGCGAGCGAUCAAUUGCGUGGAUUGAUGUUAAUAAAAAGUGCUUCUUUCCGAGAUAUUUUUUGGGAGAACAUGCUGACGAACAUGAGAAGAACAGCUCUUGCUUUAAGUUAGAAAUGGAGAUCAGGAUUGAUCAUUCGGAGGGUUCUAAGGUUGGGCAUGAAGGUGAUAUUCUUGGAAAUGACCGAAUUUCGGUGGCUUCGAAAACUAGGGAGCAGGAUUGUCAGCUGACGAUGAAUCAAGGUGCUUGCGGUGGUGAUGUGUUGGAGAGAGCGAGCCAGCAAAAGGUUCGUGGUUUAGGAAUCCGUGAAGAGGCUGAUGAAGAGAAAAAGAUUCAUGCUGACACAUAUACGGGUCUUAAUGUGAGAUCCCAACAGCUCUAUUUGCUGAACUCCGGACAUGCUAAGCGCUGCCUCCCUGCGGAAGUUUCAUGUAAAGAUUUGGCAUGUGGCAAUGAUAAAUCUUCCAAGGUGUCCCCAGACCUAGUGAAACAGGUGGUGGUAGAAAACUUUCCGAAUGGUGGGAAAAAUGCUGCCGCCGAUAUGUCUGGUAUGGGUGAUAAGUGCUUUACUCGCAAACGGACUCUACUUGAUAGAACUUUGAAGCAAUUAGAAGAUGAACCAAUUGAUGACCCAUACUUAAGAAAAAAAGCUUGCUUUGAGAAGGGUCCUUCUGGUAUUGGCGCUGGUGUGUCAACCACAAAAACGGAGAUGGUUAGCAACGGUUUUGGGGAUAAAACUUCCUGGGAAAUUAAGGGCUGCUCAGAAGACGUAUGUAAGGGUUCUGGGGAUGUCAAAGAUGUUGAUAUGCAUUUUGUGGAUGCCGCAAGAAUGGGUACUGGUGCAGUAAGUGGCUUCUCACAUUCUCAUAGUGGUGGAAUUGCUCAGAGUGGCAUGAAGUUGUUGGUUGAGGCAAUAGAAUCAAAAUCUGAUAGAGAACCGCCCUCGAAUGCAUGCAAUGCGAUCCCUUUGCUGGACGCCAAUUCUGGGAACUUUCGUUGUCAGUCACCACCGCGUUUCGCAGCAUUGGGUGCACAACUCACUAAGUUGGAACACGAUAGUAAGGCUUAUAUCAAAAUUAAGAAUGUUUUCUUGAAGGGCGUUGGGGAAAUUAGACCCCAAAUCACGGUCAAAGCUAUCUAUUGGUGUUCCCAUAGGAGUCCGGCGAACACCAUCCGAUUUCUGUCUUUUCAAAGGCAUAUAGAGGCAAUGAAGAAAUCGCGUGGUAAUGCUAACAUUAAGUACGGUUGGCACGGGGCAUCUGCUCAUGACAUAGAAAACAUUGUCCUACAUGGCUUUGGACAACCCAAAACAAGCUGCGGCCUUGAAUCUUAUGGGGUUGGAAUAUAUCUAUCUCCAGAGUGGCAGUCUCAUUUAAGUCUGUCCUAUGCAGAUCCUGAUGAGAACGGUGAGCAGCAUGUUAUUCUUUGCCGUGUUAUUUUAGGAAAUAUGGAACAAGUCGACCGUGGGUCUAAUCAGUUUCACCCAAGUAGUGAAAAUUUUGACAGUGGUGUUGAUAACGUGAGCAAUCCAAGACAUUACAUUGUGUGGAGCACUCACAUGAAUGCACAUAUCCUUCCUGAAUAUGUUUUAACUUUCAGCCGUCACGAUCAUUUGAGAGGAAAAUGCAAAGGAAGGAGCUUAAUACACGACCAUGGUGGUGCGUCUGUAAAUAAUAAUUCUCCAACAGAAAUUACUAAUUCUGCUCCAAAUCUACUUGUUCAAACUAUUGGACCAGCGGGAUUUCACCAAGCUUCAAAGAGUAUUACUGGACAAACUUGUAAAACUGAUCCUUGUCUGAUCACGACUCGAAACAUGUCAUUUUCAAAAUUGUUCUCGUUUUUGGAGAAGCAUAUUCCUCAGCCUAGUAUUCACAUUUUAAAUAAUCUCUAUGAUCAGUUCAAGGAUGGGAAAGUCGCCAAGGAGUUUUUUAUACGUGAAAUACGGUUACUUAUUGGAGAUAAGUUACUGAUUGAUGCAAUUCAUAGUAUUCGUAACGAGGUGUAAAUACUGUGGUUGGCUUCCGUGGUUAAUUGCGGAGAUUAUAGGUGCUCAUUUGAAAACUCAAAAGAAGGUUUAAUUGGCUAUGCCUUCGUCUAGUUUUCUCUCGCUUGUGUCAGGCUUACGUCUUUGUCUAGUUUUCUCUUUCUUGUGUUCGGCUCGGUCCUUUGGUUGCUAUUGUACAGUUUGGGUGCGUGUCGGAUGCUGCGAUAUGUUAAACUCUUUUUUUUCUUCCAGAAAUGCAAAUGUAGAUCAUCUUUCAUUUCA